AUGUUAAACACAGCCCUUCGCAGUCUUCCGCAUUCAAGCGUCGCGUCUGCACCGAGCUCGCAAGCAAACUCCCGCAGUCCGGCGACGGUCUUCUCCUGGCCUCCCCCUCGCCCCCCGCUGGAUCCUGGGCGUGCGGGCGGCUAUGGUAAGGCCAUGCAGGCCGGCCGGGGGAGAGGUUGCUGUGAGUGGGACUGGAGGCGGGGCCUGCUGCUGGCGCUCUGGCUGUGUGCUUGGGCCGUGCCUGGGGGGGCGCAGUGCCCGGAGAGGUGCCACUGCAGCUGGGAGAGCGGGGAGGUGCAGUGCACGGACGCUGGGCUCCGGGAGGUACCGCGGGGCCUUCCCACAGACACGGUGUCCCUGCACCUGGAGCGCAACCUCAUCCGGAGCCUGCCGGAGGGAGCCUUCCGGGACCUCCCGCACCUGCGCGACCUGCACCUGUCCCACAACCGCAUCGAGUCGCUGUCCUCGGGCGCCCUGCGGCACCUGAGCGCCGGGCUGCGGCUGCUGGACCUGUCCCACAACCGGCUGCGCAGGGUCAGCCGGGACGACUUCGGGCCGACCCGCGCCAAGACCCGGCUGUUCCGCAACCCGUGGCACUGCGACUGCGCGCUGCAGGAGCUGGCCGAGACGCUGAACCUGGAGGCGGAGACGGUGGGCCAGAUCGUGUGCGAGAGCUCUGCGCGCGGAGCCGGGGAGGGCGGCCGCUGGGAGGAGGUGGGCGGGGCCGGGGGCGGGGCCGGGGAGCACGCCGGCCAAUCGCUGGUCAAGCUGCUGGACUCGGGCGUGAACUUCUGCAGCCAGCAGCGCAAGACCACCGACGUGGCCAUGCUGGUGACCAUGUUCGUCUGGUUCUUCAUGGUCAUCGUCUACGUGGUCUACUACGUGCGGCAGAACCAGGCCGAGGCCCGCAGGCACCUGGAGUACCUCAAAAGCCUGCCCAGCCCCCGCAAGACCCCGACAGAGACCGACACCCUCAGCACUGCCUUCUGACCCACUCACGUGCCCCGGACUGACACUCUGUGUGCGCUACACUCUUUCUGGAACAUUCUGGACAGAUUGUGGUUAGAUUCUCAUUUUAGUUUGUGAGAUGGAUUGUCAUGUCUGGAAGAUUCAACAAAGCGAUCUUGGAAGUUCUGCCAAGGUCGGAGAAAAGAAAGAUUCUUUUUGAAUAGCAUUUGAAGAAACACCCAGGAAACUUUCCCCUGACCUUCUGGGAAUGUAUUUGGGAAUUAAAAAUGAUUUGCCUGGAUGUUUGAUUGACUGAACUACUGAUCAAAAUCUUACCAUGUAUGUAGCAAGUAACAGAUUGUUCUGAUCACGUGCGCACUGAUUGGAGUUACUAUGACGAUGUAGCAUUCUGAGGACGCAACUCCUCCCCCAGAGUCCUCUCUGUAUCUAAAAUGUACACAAACUCACACACACACACACAC